AGUAGUAGCGGCCCUUGAUGCGGAGUUUCCGCCACAAUGUCCACCCCGAUGUCGUCCCAGGCCACGCUCCUGUUACUUUGCACGCUGAUCAGCGGUUCUCUUGGACAGCUGAGCAUCCAACUGGGAUUGAAUUUGCGCAAUGUCACCGAGCUCAAGCUUGCACGAGCACCUGGCGACCCCAUUCCUGUGGUCCUGAACAAUUACCAGAACAUGCAGUACUACGGAGUGCUGACUAUCGGCACUCCUCCUCAAACCUUCAAGCUCUUCAUGGACACGGGAUCCAGCAACUUCUGGGUGCCGUCGGCAAAAUGCGAUGAAAGCAUGGCCUGCCGUGACCACGCAAAGUACGAUAGCACCAAGUCCAGCACGUACACCAAAAACGGACGGUCUAUCCGGAUUCGCUACAGUGGUGGCAUCGUUCGGGGUAUUACUAGCAUUGACAACGUGGGCAUCGGGCCGGCCACAGUUCAGCAGUACAAGUUCGCCGAGAUGGAUCACUCGGACGGCAAGCUGUUCAAGAACGCCAAGUACGACGGCAUCUUCGGCUUGGCCUUCCCGAGUAUCUCACAAAACAACCAGCUGCCACUGUUCGACGCAAUGGUGAAACAGGGCGUUGUUCGACAAGCCGUGUUCUCGCUUCACCUGAGCAAGCAGCCCAGCGAGCAAAAUGGCGGAGAAAUCUAUUUCGGAGGCAUCAACACAAGACGCUACACGGGCGACGUACAUUAUGUUGCCGUCAACAAGGCCGGUCACUGGCAGAUCACCAUGGACAACGUGGACGUCAAAGGCACGAAGCUCUGCAUUGGCGGCUGCAAUGCCGUCGUCGAUUCCGGGACAUCAUUCGUCAGCGGGCCCCAAAAAGACGUGGAAACUCUUCACAAAGUUAUCGGUGCCAAGCACACGGGUCCUGGAUAUUAUGAGGUAGACUGCAACGAGAUUUCAAAGCUGCCACCAAUCACCUUCAAUCUGAAUGGGAAGGCCUUUCCGCUCAAAGGAGAAGACUACACUAUCAAGAUCCCAGUGCAAGGUGGCGUGCAAUGCUUCACCAGAAUCUCAGAGGAGGAAAGAUCAGAACUCUGGAUCCUCGGUGCCUUAUUCACGCAGAGUUACUACACCGUGUUCGACAGGAGCCAAAAUCGCGUCGGUUUUGCCACUGCGGUCUAGUGGCUCGUCUUCCUUCAUGCCUUCAGCCAUGGCAUGAAGCGUCGCUGUACAGCAUGCUUGAAGAAAUAUGAGUCAUCAACCAAUAAAAAUGUCGUCUUGUAGGCUAACAA